CUGGCAGUGAGGAGGAGAGCACCGAAGAAGAUGCUGGAUGCUGAUACGGAGCUGCUGGCGUUUCACUUUCUGUAACACUGAAGCAGCUCUUAUUGCGACAGGAAAAAAACAAUACAUCUGUGUGAAAGCCUCAGGAUGGAGAGGACGAUGAACAUGUCUGGCGGCCCCCCGGGGGAGGAGCUCACGGAUGAGGAGAAGGAGAUCAUCAACGGCGUCCUGGCUCGUGCUGCCAUGAUGGAGGCCACGGAGCAUGAGAGGAUUGAGCGCCUCUCCAGUCGGCUGGAUAACAUCAAGAAGACGGCGUGUGGUGACGGGCAGUCCCACUGUCUGUUGUGCGGGGCGUCCUUCGGGCCACAGGGGGUCACAGCUGUCCUCUGUGUGCAGUGCAACAAACACAUGUGCAGCAAAUGUGGGAUUUUCAGCAACGGAAGGACGAGUCCUGCCUGGCUGUGCAGAAUCUGCAAUGAACAAAAAGAGGUACAGAAGCGUUCAGGAGCUUGGUUCUUCAAAGGCAGAGUACAGCAGGGUCUGCCGCCCCCCCUCCCUCUGUCCGGAUCCAGACAGUCCAGCUUCGACAGUUCUGGACAAGAUGAAGCUACACAUCAACAGAGAUACGAGGCGCAGCAGCAGUCCUGUGGAUCAGAACAAUGGGAGCAGACAGCAAGAACAACAGCUGACAGCCAUAAUGAGAACCCGUCCUGUCCAGCUGCUGUAAUGAAGACCGAGAGACAAGUGUUAGCCUCAAAACCACCGCGAGCAAACACACAGCACGCCGCCCCCCCCUCAGACGUUGGAGACAAACCCCCAGAGAGGAAGGUGUCCCACCCGGCGGUGGAGGAAAAAAGACAACCUGUCGUCUCCAGCUCCGUUUCAUCCCCUGUUCCUGCUGCCAGGGUUAAUCCACCUGUUAACCCACCUGCCAACAACCCCGCUUCCCCCCGACCCCCCCCUGACCAGACAGAGGACGAGGAAAACGACUACGACUCAGAUGACGCAACCACGCUGGGGUCACUGGAGUUCAGCCUCCUUUACGAACAGGAGACCCACGCUCUGCACUGCUGUGUCAUUAAAGCUAAGGGUUUGAAGUCAAUGGACUCAAAUGGAUUCGCUGACCCGUAUGUGAAGCUGCAUCUCUUACCUGGAGCCAGUAAGUCUAACAAGCUUCGCACCAAGACUCUGAAAACCACUCUGAACCCGGUGUGGAAUGAGACUCUGGUCUACCACGGUAUCACUGAUGACGAAAUGGCUCGCAAAACUCUCCGGCUUUCAGUGAGUGACGAGGACAAGUUUGGACACAAUGAAUUUAUCGGAGAGACUCGAAUCGCGCUGAAGAAACUGAAGUUUAACCAGAAGAAGAACUUCAGUGUUUGUUUAGAGCGGGUGAUCCCGGUGAAGAAGGCUGUGGGGGGAUCAGCUCGAGGCAUGGCUCUCUACGAGGAAGACCUGAAGGAGGGGGAGGACUCAGAGGAGAGGGGUCGUAUCCUGGUGUCCCUGAUGUACAACAGUCAGCUGGGUCGUCUGAUGGUGGGCGUGGUCCGCUGCGCUCACCUGGCUGCCAUGGACUCCAACGGAUACUCCGACCCUUUCGUUAAAUUAUGUCUGAAGCCAGAUAUGGGGAAAAAAGCUAAAAACAAGACGCAGACAAAAAAGAAGACUCUGAAUCCCGAGUUUAAUGAGGAGUUUGGUUAUGAAAUAAAACAUGGUGAGCUAGCCAAGAAAACCCUCGAUAUCUCAGUCUGGGAUUAUGACAUGGGAAAAUCUAAUGAUUUCAUUGGAGGAUGUCAGCUGGGCAUCCAGGCUAAAGGGGAGUGUUUGAAGCACUGGUACGAAUGCCUGAAGAACAAAGACAAGAAAAUUGAGCGCUGGCAUGUUCUGCUAAACGACAACUCUGUCCAGUUUGACGAUUAAAACCUCUUCUAUGUUUAUUCUUUCUCCAUCAUUCCCCCUGUAGCAUAUUGUCUUCCAGUCAGCAGGGGCAGACGGAUAUUAUCCUCUUGCUUUGAUGUAGUUUGUCCCCUAAGUGCAAUGUGCAGGCUACAAUUCCAACAGUUUACAGGUGACCAACACGGAUGUUGACCUCUGGCUCUUUUUUAAUGAGGAGCAUAUCAUAUCAUUAGCUGUUUCAUAUAAUAAGUAAACCUCAUAUGCACUAAUGAUUGAACAGAGUUAUCAUUUUUUAUGGAGAAACAAAACCUUGUUAUCAUUGUGAUUAACACACUAUGUUGAAAUUAAGUGUGCCUCCAUGGGUAAUUCCCUUUUUUUUUGCAUUGACCUGUUCUCCUAAUGUUGAUCUGUGCUCUUGUCGUACGAUAUGAGAUCAUGUAAUGUGUUAUCUACAUGACAAGUGCUUGCAUCAUGCAUAUGUUAAAUAUUUAAUGGGACAAAUACAGCUGUUUGGUUUCCAAAAUGAUGUUUUUUGUUGAUGUGAAAUGCGUUUAUUUAUUUUUUUGACAACAUGUUGGUCUCUUUAUCACUUCAUCACCUGUGCAUGUGUGAGCUCUCCUCUACUGGAGAAUUGCUGAAAUGCUUCUGCAUGACAGUUCAUUAUGAAGAACAUACUCAAUAAAACAAUGUUAGCACACUUGCAGAUAAUCUGUGAAUUUUUCUUGAGAGAUAUGAGAUUCAGAUCUGCAAGUGUUAUCAGAUUGAUCAUUCAUAUUUUGCUUUGUAUUUAUAUCGAUGCAUGUCAUAUUGUAGCAUACACGUGGCUAGUAAAUAAAGACA